AGGUGGCAUGUGUGGCCAUCGAGGACGAGCGUCAGUCUUUUGGACACGUCGAGCACAAAACGCCCCUCACAGCCCUUCUUUCAAGUCGCCGAAGAAACGUCGUCUUCGAACACGCCAUCGCUCCGAUGCUCUUUUAAAUCCCUCUAGCCCGUUGUCACCGACACUUCGUUCUGGACUGGACCUACUCUCCGGAGCACCCAUCCACCCACACAAAACUACAGCCAUGUUACCAUCAGGACGGCGGCGCGCAGGCGCGCUUUCGCCUUUAACGACCUGUCUUGCGUUGCUCCUUCUCUUCACAACCACAGCCAGUGCUGCAGUGUUGGGCAUCGAUUUCGGCACAUUGAACAUCAAGGCCGCAUUGGUGAAGCCUGGCAUUCCGCUUGACAUAGUCUUGACGAAAGACUCAAAACGGAAAGAGACGGCGGCAUUGGCCUUCAAACCAACACGCGAUGAGAAGAACAACAUUAUCGUCAAAGAGGGUAGCUUCCCUGAACGAGCGUACGGUGGUGAUGCUUUGGCUCUACAAGGACGAAUGCCUGGCGAGGUCUUCCCAAAUUUGAAACAGCUCCUGGGACUUUCUGGCGAAAGAGCAGCAGAAACAGUGGCAACAUACAAGCAGCGUUACCCUGCUGUUCAGGCGGAGCAUGUGGAAUCACUCGGCACCACGGUUUUCAAGAGUGCGGCAUUUCCUAGCGAACAUCUGCCAUACAGCGUGGAGGAAUUGGUGGGCAUGGAACUGGCAAAUAUCAAGCGCAAUGCAGAGGACAUGGCUGGCAAAGGAAGCUCUGUGAACGAUGCGGUAAUAACAAUUCCAAACUUCUACACAGCAGACGAAAAACGAGCCAUCGUGCACGCUGCCUACUUUGCCGGCUUCAACGUCCUCGGCCUCAUCUCAGAUGGCUUGGCUGUUGGUCUCGACUACGCGAAGACGCGAACCUUUCCAGACAUAUCGAAGGGCGAAUCCCCAGAAUAUCAUCUCGUUUAUGAUAUGGGCGCUGGUUCUACGACAGCUAGCGUCCUACGCUUCCAGAGCAAGAAUGUCAAGGAUGUGGGCAAGUUCAACAAAACGGUUCAAGAGGUCACAGUGCAAGGAGUUGGCUGGGACCGGACACUCGGCGGCGAUGCUCUCAACCAUGUGAUACUCGACGAGUUCGUGGCGAAGCUCUUGGCCAAGUCGGAGGUGCAGAGCCGGGGCACAACGGAGGCUGAGAUCAGAUCAAAUGGUCGCGUCAUGGCGCGCUUCUGGAAGGAGGCCGAGAGGGUUCGACAGGUACUCAGUGCGAACUCGGACACGUCUGCAGGAUUUGAAGAGAUUCUUCCCGAUAUCGACCUUCGUGUGAAGCUUACGCGCGCGGAGUUUGAGAAGCUCGCAGCUGAUCACGCAAGUCGAGUGGCCACGCCUCUGGAAGAUGCCCUGGCGAUGGCGAAGUUGACUUCCAAGGACCUCAAUUCAGUCAUCCUUCAUGGAGGUGCCAUUCGCACUCCUUUUGUUCAGAGCAGACUUGAAGCCGUGAUCGAUGACAAGGCAAAGCUGAGGAGCAACGUCAAUCCUGAUGAAUCUGCAGUUUUUGGUGCCGCCUUCAAAGCGGCCGGUCUCUCACCAAGCUUCAAGGUCAAGGAAAUUCGCGACUCUGAAGCCGCUGGAUACGCAACGAGCCUAGUCUACCAAGACGGCGGGAAGGAGAGGAAGCAAGGGUUGUUCCUUCCAAAUUCUCCAGCAGGCUCUGGUGCUACAGUCAAACAGGUCACCUUCAAGGACCGCGAAAACUUCUCCUUCGGCUUCACCCAAAAGGUCGACGGAAUCGACCGCCCAAUCCUCGAUGUCAAGGUGGAGAAUCUUACGGCCUCUGUCGAUCAAAUGAAGUCAAAGUUCGGUUGCGAGAAGGAUGAGAUGAUUGUGAGAUUCAGCUCCAGGCUCAAUCCCAACUUCGGCCUUCCAGACGUCCUCAGUGGAAGCGUGGGCUGUGCGGUGAACGAAACAGCAAAGUCCGGCAGUGUUGGCGAUUCAGUGAAAGGUUGGCUUGGUCUAGGCAAGAAGAAAGACCAAGAGCCUCUGAAAGAAGAAGAGGACGACACGCCAGUCGAAGAUGUCACCGCCGCCAGCUCUGCAUCAAGCUCUUCGACCUCAUCUAGCUCAUCCUCUUCAUCUUCUGCAUCUGAGUCCCCUACGCCGAAGAUCGAGAUUGUCCUGCUGAAGUUCUCCACUGCUCCGCUCGGCAACCCACAGCCCGAUGGAGCUCAACUGCAGCGUCUGGGGGAAAGGCUGAAGGACUUCGACGCUUCGGACAGAGCCCGUACUGCUCGCGAUGAGGCUCAAAAUGUGCUAGAAAGCUUUACCUAUUCUGUGCGCGACUUCUUGGAGAAUGCCGAUUACACUGCCGUCAGCACAAAAGAGCAACGCAGUCAGAUCAGCAAGCUCUUGGAAUCUACGAAAGAAUGGAUGGAGACUGGCGAACCUGGAAAGGCGACCACAGAAGUUCUAAAGGAGAAAUACAAGGCGCUGAAGGACCUCGUGGACCCCAUCAAAAUACGCAAGACCGAGACCUCCCAGCGUGCAACUUUAGUCCCAGCGCUUCAGAAGAGCCUGGAAAAGGCCAAGAAAUCGAUCGCGAAGUACCAGGACAAGAUCGAGAAGGCCAAGGCCUCCCUCAGCGCCUCCAGCACGAGUACUUCGACUGCAGCGCCUGCUUCGUCUAGCGAUGCGGAUGACUUGGAGGAGCCAGAUGCCGCGACCACGCCCGAACCCGAACCAAGCAAGGAGCCUUCACCUCUACUGAGCCUUGACUUGACGAGCAUCACCGAGAAGUACGACGAGAUCUCUGAAUGGCUGACUGAGAAGCUGGCCGAGCAGGGUAAACUCAAGCCUUUCGAGGAUCCUGUGCUUCUCGUCAAGGACAUUGAGAAACGCUCGACUGAGAUCACAAACGCCGUGGAAGAUCUUGUUCGCAGGGCUUCUGUCAAGCCAACUGUCAAGAAGCCACCAAAACCAAAAGCUUCACCAAAGCCGAAGCCUAGCAAAAAGGCUAAAGGCGACGAUGCUGAGCCUGAAGAGCCUGCUCCGGCAGAUACACCGAAGGCCGAGGACGGCAAGCCGGUGACAGGAGGUGAAAGCAUUGAGGACAUGAUGGACUGGUUGAACAAGGCCAAGCAGAAAGAUGAGGUUCCGCCUCGUGAUGAGCUGUAAUUGGGUGCAUAUAGCCUGUAGACAUGAAUAGAUGCAUUAAGAAUUCCUAUGAAGCAAAAGUUUGAGAUGCACAUGUUCGAAACAAGACAUAGGGAAC